AUGGGGUUUAUGCUGCCGACUUUUAAGAAAUGUUUGUGUUGUGUGUCGCUAAGGACAGGGUCAUUUUUGAUUGGUUAUGUUUCAGCUGUAUUCUCCACAUUGGCUUUAACACUAAUUUCUCUAUCACUAUACAAUGUUAUAUAUUACGUUGAUCAUACGAUAAAUGAUACAAUUACUGAGACGAAGGUAGAAAAGCCAGAAGAUGUCCAUGAAGUGGCUACCAGUUUAUAUAUUGCACAUGCUUAUCUUAUAAUUGUGUUUUUAUACAAUUUAUUAAUAAGUCUAAUGCUCAUCGUUGGUUUGCAUAAGGCAAAUACAAAAUAUAUGAGAGACUAUUUCAAAGCUGGACUAUUUCUUCUUCUAUUGGCGCUCGCUACAGUUGUCUUGUCCACUGUGUUCUUGCACUUUAUUGUCACAAUUGCAUUAUUAAAAUGGAGUGUUAUAGUUCUCUAUUGCCUCAUAAUGGUACGGAGUCAUUAUCUAGACCUUGAAGAAGCAAAUAAACCACCAGUGAUCGAAAUGGAAAGUCUCUACAAUCCACCGAGAGCAUCUCAUUUGUAUGCGUGA